GUGCAGUUGAAGUUUGCAACCCUCCGGAAUAGUUUCGUUAUCGUCGCAGCGCUAUCGUCUGGAAAAAAAUCCCCAAACAAAAAAAAACACCGGUUGGCAGUUUCCAGGACCAAACCCAAAUUAACUGUAAAUCGAUUAUACAAAUGGAUCAUACGGCGCAGACUAUGACCAACCAAUAUUCAAACAAACUUCAGACGUUCAUAUGCGAAUUUUGCAAGAAAUGUUUUUAUACUAAAAAGCAAAUUCUCCGUCAUAUGAUUACCAUCCACAAUACUGCAACGGCUAAUCGUUCAAUUAAAAAACAUAAGUCUGAUGAAAAGCAUCACAAAUGUGUUGUGUGCCUGAAAUCUUUUUCAGCAAAAGCCUAUCUGGUAAGACACGAACGUAUUCACUCUGGCGAAAAUCCCUACAAAUGUGCUAUAUGCCUGAAAUCUUUUUCAUCAAAAUACUAUCUGGUAACGCACAUACGCAUGCAUACUGGGAAAAUGCCCUACAAAUGUGUUGUGUGCCUGAAAUCUUUUUCGGUAAAAUCCAGUCUGGUACAGCAUGAACGCGUACACACUGGCGAGAAGCCGUACAAAUGUGACGUGUGUCUAAAAAAAUUUUCACAAAAUGGAAACCUCGCAGUACACGAACGCACGCAUUCUACAGAAAAGUCAUAUAAAUGUGCUGUAUGCCUGAAAUAUUUUUCAUCAAAAUGUAAUCUGGUAGCACACGAACGCUUGCAUACUGGCAAAAAGCCCUACAAAUGUAAUGUUUGCCUGAAAUCUUUUUCGGUAAAAUCCAGUCUGGUACAGCAUGAACGCGUACACACUGGCGAGAAGCCGUACAAAUGUGACGUGUGUCUAAAAAAAUUUUCACAAAAAGGAAACCUCGCAGUACACGAACGCACGCAUUCUACAGAAAAGUCAUAUAAAUGUGCUGUAUGCCUGAAAUCUUUUUCAUCAAAAUACUAUCUAGUAACGCACAUACGCAUGCAUACUGGCGAAAAUCCCUACAAAUGUGCUGUAUGCCUGAAAUCUUUUUCAUCAAAAUCCUAUCUGGUAAUGCACAUACGCAUGCAUACUGGGAAAAUGCCCUACAAAUGUGCUGUGUGCCUGAAAACGUUUUCAGUAAAAUGUAAUCUGGUAGUACACGAACGCCUACAUACUGGCGAAAAGCCCUACAAAUGUGCUGUGUGCCUGAAAACGUUUUCAGUAAAGUGUAAUCUGGUAAUACACGAACGCACGCAUACUGGAGAAGGGCCCUACAAAUGUUCAGUGUGCUUCAAAUCUUUUACGGUAAAAUACCAUUUGGUAGAGCAUGAACGAAUUCAUAAUGGCGAAAAGUCCUACGCUUGUGACGUAUGUUUCAAGCGUUUUACUAGAAAAUACAACCUUAAAGUACACAAACGCACGCAUGCCACAGAAAAGUCAUACAAGUGUGUCAAGUGUCUGAAACCUAUUGCGAUGAAAUCCUACCUCGCUAAAAAACAUAAACAUGUAUAUUCCGGUAAUAAUCCUUGCGAAUGCGAGAUUUGUUUCAAGUGUUUUGCUCAAAAAUGAAACCGGGAUCGACAAGAACGUGACCAUGUUAGAGAACAGUCAGAUCUUAAUCAUCAGUCUUUACUUACAUUUUAAAUCUAAGAUUUUUUUUGUCUUUUUGUUAUU